UGGCUGACUGGAGCCAGUAGGCGGAGAACCAACCCUCCAGAACUCAGCUUGCAUCUCACCGGCUGUGGAGAGGUGAUUUCGUCCUUAACAAGUAGUCUAACGUCUACAAGUCUGCGACUUUCUAAUAUGCCAGAUACGUCGAGGAAGAGUUAAAUAAGUGUGAUGGCGAUUCGGCACCAUUAGACACCCCAUGCACCCAUUAUACGGCGAAGGACACGGUUACUACCGCUACGGCGGAUAUGGGGGUAUGGGUGUGAACAGUAUACACGCACCCAACGCGGUGUCGGGCUACAACUCGCCCAGAUCUUCGACCGGUAACGGGAUGGUUCGGCCCGCACCCUACGGACCUUCGUACGCCACUCAGGCCAGCCAGCAAGUAGCAGGCAAGGAGAUGGUCAAGCCGCCAUAUUCCUACAUAGCAUUGAUAGCCAUGGCAAUCCAGAAUGCGCCGGACAAGAAGAUAACCCUGAAUGGAAUCUAUCAAUACAUUAUGGAUCGCUUCCCGUAUUAUCGGGAGAACAAACAGGGAUGGCAAAACUCCAUACGUCACAACCUGAGCUUGAACGAGUGCUUCGUUAAAAUACCACGAGACGAUAAGAAACCCGGUAAAGGAUCGUUCUGGACUCUAGAUCCCGAUAGCGAUAACAUGUUCGAUAAUGGAAGCUACCUGAGACGAAGGAGGAGAUUCAAGAAGAAGGAUGCCGGCAAAGAUAAAGAAGAGAAGAAAAAACAGGUAGAGAACGCGAGUCAGAAAGUUAACGAGGACGAACUCGAUAGUUUAAGCGAAGCAAGGAAUAAUGAAGGAGUAGGCCAAGGUUCCGUGCAGUGUACGGUAGCACCCAAAGUGGAGCCUAGAGAAACUUCUGCAAUUACGUCUUGUUUAAAACAAGAAUAUCCUUACGACAACAAGACGAGUCCGACAGCUGCAUCCCUGGCUCCAUCCGUCACAUCUCCUGUUCCUUCCACUUCCACCACAAUAUUGAACGGUGACGCCAUAGAGUCGAACGCGUACGCCAUCGACUCUUUAAUGUCCGGUAGAAGCCAAUCGCCUAAUCUUUCGACGGUCCUACUCGACGUCACCUCCAUGGGACAGUGCGGGGUCAACAACGGUUACAACGCUAGACACUCCAUGUACACUUGCCAGCCCACUUGCACCACGACCUGUACCACGUACCCCACUCCACCCUCGCCCGUGGGUUACAGCAACGGGAGGACCGUCACCCUGGACGACGUGUCUUCUUCCUAUCUGGGGUGUUCCAUCGUGGGGCUGACGUCUUCGUCGGGGCACAAUUAUGUUACGAAUCGGACGGCGCAAAACUCGUCUACCACCAAUACUUGGUACACCCUUCCGGCCGAAACUGUGGGGGGCGAGGCUACCUAUAGGGAAAUGUACGAUCCCCAACGACUUCUCAACUCGUCCCCCGUCGGUACGUCCAACCCGAACUGUCAACUAAACUAUGGAGGAACGUAUCAGUUCAGGACAACUACAGCAUACGGUAGUUACGACUGUGCAAGAUACUGAUACUUAAAGACAUGUUUAUGUGAGUGUAAAUACAUUUUAAACACAGAGUUUUAGAGAAAAAAAUAUAUAACGUGUCUUUGUGUUCGACGUUACGUCACGAAAUCCUGACAGAAUUUGGACAACAUGGUAAAUUACUUUCACUUUUUUUUUCCUGUUGAUUGUAUCGAGAAUGUCUCAUUAUCUAUUUUCAGUUAAGUGUGACAAACACCAAUUUUGCCAUUAAACUAAAUAAUUAGAUUGCUUGACUCCAGUAACAAUUGUUUCAAAAUCUACAUAUCAUAUCACACAAUAUUUAAAAUAUAUAUAUUUAAAUGGGGAGCAACCCGUGAUAGUUCGGCUUUAUGUAUAAGCACUAAGUUAUUAAGGAGAAACUUUACGUGUUUGGAGGAAUUUUAGCAACUAGAUAAUCUGUCACACAGUCACUGUGUUACUCAUCACGUCUUUCGAUCGCACUUCUGCUUAGUAUAUACAGUUUUUACUUCUUGGGGAGUUAGCAAUAUCAGCAAAUGUUAAUUUUGAAUUGGCAUUGGAUGUAUGCCAAAGGAGGUUUGCAUUCGAUCUAAAUUCUGUUCAACAACUAUUUAUCUAUAUUAAAUCGUUGUUCUAGUUAUAAUAUUAAGCUGUAUUUUAUAUUCGACCAUUAAAUAAUUAUCUAGAAAUUAGUUUUGUAAGUGGCAAAAUUGAUUAUUAUCGUCGCCAUUCGGUAGGCCUAUAGUUAUAUCCUGUUUUUUUUUUUUUAUAAUUAAGCGCUAUUAAAUGGAUCAAAUUUUACAUUAUAAUUAAGUAAAUAUGUGAUUACUAUAAGGUACUAAGUCUUAAUUUUAGUAUAUUAAAAAAAAAAUAAAACAAAACCAAGCUGUGAUAUACUAAAAUCCAUUUUUGUGGGAUGAGUGAAGGUGAUGGAGACAAUCUACAUCUUCAAUUUUUAAACGUGAUAAAAUGUACAUACGAGACCCAUUAUAACGUUGUAUAUCCGACUAUAAAACGCAUUUUAACUCCUAAUUUAGUUAAAUAUCGUAACUUUUUAUAUUUAGAUAGCGAUAUUCUCUCGGGAGCACACUUCCUGUCUGGGAAUUAGACGUGCAGAUGUUGGGAUUUCUUCCUUUUUUGCCAUCUGUGCUAACUCACAGCUUCUGGAUAUAUUGCUACUACGUUUAGAAGGGCAGUUCAAGUAAAUUUAUACACUUUUUGGAGAGUUUUAGUCAUUAUUUACUUAAUUAAUCCCAUCUUUGGGAUGAAGGAUGGAGAUCAUCUUGAGCUUCUCUCUCUUUAAUUAAUAAGAUAACUCCUUCUUUCUGUAAAGUUUAUACGUUAUUUUUUUUUUCAAAUAAACAAGCAUUUAUUUUUAUUUACAACA